AAAAAACUGCCAAAUUGCUGAAAUCAAACAAAUAUUUCCCACAUAAGAAAACCUUUCGAAUGAAAAUUAUAAAAGACAUUACAAUAGGCUACAAUGUCUGACGGGAAACAAGACGCAAUGGCUAACGACGAGUCCUUCUCAUACUCGCCGGAGGUUGUGGAGAGCUACACCGAAAAGGAGACCGAAGAGGCAAUGCAGUUUAUCAAAGACAACGAUCUGCCCAUGUCAGAUCUUCAUUAUGCUCUCAAAUACGUACGCAUAUCGAAUCGCGCUCUUGAACUGGAUGACGAGUUCAAAAAAAUACAGAAACGUCUUAAGAAUCUGCGCGAAGCGGACCAGGCUGUUGUCAGCCCACCGAAAUGCGGCCAAAGGGAUAUUAAUUUAUUCAACAAGGCCAACAAAUGAUUUGUUUCAAUGCUUAAAACUUAUCCAGUUACGUAUUUCAGCAAGCGAGGCUACUAAAAGAAAGCAAAAAAAAAAAUUAAAAAUAAAAAAAAUUAUUGAAUAAAAAUCGACAAAACUUUGACA